AUGAAAAUGAAUGUGGUCGAUGACCUCGUAAUCCGAUCCGAGCCCGCUUACACUGAAGCCGAUCCCACUCCUGACGCUAUUGGUCUUGAGUUUGUGCGCCAAUAUUACACCAUUCUGUCCAAGUCUCCCGGUUGCGUGCACAAAUUCUACAGCCAUGAAUCGGUGUUCGUGCACAAUGAUGUCACGGUUAUAGGUCAACAGAAAAUCAAGAACUGCAUCGAGCAACUGGUAGAGGCGAACAACAGAUUCAAGAUCCAUUCUGUCAAGGGAUCAUUCACAUAUCACAAAGGGAUCGUUCUGCAAGUGUGUGGCGAAGUCGCCACUCGCCGCUUCUUCCAGACGUUCAUUUUGGGGCAGCAAAGCGCCAAGAAAUUUUAUGUGCAGAAUGACAUCUUCCAAUUCCUAGACGUGGCAUUCCAUAGUGAGUCGCAGGAUUCUCCAGCUCCUGCUGUGACAAACGAGGCCGCAGUCACCGAGGCUCAGUCGGUUGACAUCGACCUUGUGCAGAAUGGCCACAAUCAUUCUCAUUCGUCGAUAGCUCUUAGUUGUGAAGAAACUCCUAUUCUAACAAGUGUUGUUUCUCAUGCAAAAGCAAGUCCGGCGAAAAACACAUCUCCUAUGCCGGCAGCGGAAGAUACAUCAGUCAAGGAGUCCACUCCGGCAGAGGAAUCUCCGAAACCCAAAGCAGAACCCCCUGCCCGUGAAAGUACCCCUCCAGCACCAGUUGAUAACACACCAAAGACAUGGGCACAUCGUGUAGGAGGGGGUUCGAAACCUGCCACCACUCCCACAACCGGCAAUGUUCCACAGAAAGCAUCUCCUGCGCCUGCUGCUGGCAAUACUGCUGCAGCUCUACGCACGCAGCGCCCUCAGGUGCAGUCGAACGGUGGUCCUAUUGCCCAAGGAGAGCGCCGUAUUUAUCUUGGUGGCAUAGUUAGAAAUAUGGUUCCUGAUAACACGAAUAUUGCUGAGCAGGAGAUCAAGGAUGCUUUCUCAAAGUACGGCGAAGUGGAGUCGGUGGCUAUACCGCGCAAAGUCCUCGAUCAACCAAACGACACAUCCCGUAACGGAUUUGCUUUUAUUUCUAUGAAAACGCCUGCUGAUGCCCAGAAUGUCUUCCAGAAAGCACGAAAAGAUGAUCGCGGUAUAUACCAUUUACAACUAUGUCUUGAUGCGUUCGGCUUCGAUGGUGAGGUAACGAUUUCUGAGCAGAAAGAUCGCAUUGACCGCCCUGGUGGAGGAUUCCGUGGAGGUCGUGGCGGUUUCGUCCCUCGUGGCGGAGCUGGUUCAUUCACUCGUGGAGGCGGCAGAGGUCGCGGAGGUUUCCGUGGUGGCUACGGCAAUCAGAACGCCAACCACUGA